UGCCACACUGACGACAUAUGACCAAGAGCGGGGAAAAGCUGUGCGCGACGCGGUGUCCGCUUCCACCUGCGACGGAGGAGCGCGUCCAUCUGCUUCCGUGCCGUGUAAAGCAUGAUGGUAAAGCCCGAAUCUCGUCGUACUUUGUCGUGGAUAAGACGACCAACACGGCGCGGUUCCGAGGCGUCCAGCUGCAAGGAAACCCCGUCGAUUUGCAUUCAUUGGGAUACACUGGCCUCCUGAUGGUCGACGAUGGUCUUCGCGACGAAAGCAUGAGAAAUGCAUUUGAUGACUCGGACGACACAGCUCCGACUAUCUGGGAAUUGGAUGGGCAUUUCGCCACGAUUGUCGAUUGGCAGACAAAAGAUAACGUGUCCCAUCCGCCGCUCAACUCCCGCUUGGAAUCAUGGGCGAAAUACGCUUCCGCCAUCCACGACGAAUGAUGCAUCACCAAUGCAUGUAGAGAUUUACAGUUCGUUAUCACCGGUGAUACGUUUGCUGUUUCAUCUCCUGAAUUGCCUUGUACCGUCCUGCAUAAUACCCUGACUGGUACCACGACAAGAG